AUGUUCUCAAGAUGUGACAUCUUUGAAGUCAAACCUACAGCUAGGCCUCCAAGUGCUAAUUCUUCAGGGUUUCCAUCAUGCCUAAGGUCACGAAGUGUUAAUUCUGAGGUCUUUGCACUGGAACUAUGUUUUCAAGAUGUGGAAUCUGUAGAGUUGACACCAGGGUCCCAACAGCAAGGUAUGAAUUGCCAAGAGUUGACUUCAGGAUGGCAAGGUAUGAAAUCAACAGUGUUGGCACCAGAGCCAACUAAGAAGUUCAUACCAGGACCCAUGUUGCCUAGUGUUAAAUUUUCAAAUUUGUCUCUAGAAUCACAGCGACAAGGUGAGAAACCUUUGGAGUUUACUCCAGAAGCAAAGUUGCAAAGUAUAAAACAUGUGACAUUGUCUUCAGCAUCUCUGCAACAAGAUAUGAAAUCUGUAGAGUUACUACCAGGGUCACUGCUUCCAAGAACAAAAUCUGAGGAACUAACUCCAAAGAGGAGCUAUCAAAUCACAGACUCCUCUGAGAUAAUCCCUAGGCCAGGGCAUCAAUUUGUAGAAGGUGCAGAGAUGAUCCCAACACCAAAGCCUCAAGUCCCUAAAUCUCUGAAUCUGGUGAUCCCAACACCAAAGCAUCAAGUCUCCAAAUCUGUAAAUUUGAUUUCAGUACCAAUUUAUCAUACCACAGAAAGGUUGGCACAUCAAGGCAAUGAAACUGUGGAAAAAUCUGUGGGGUUGACCCCAAAGUCAACAAGUAAAACCAUGGAAUCUUCAGGAGUGCCUCUAAGACUAGAUCUUCAAGUCCCAGAAUCUGUUCACCUGACUCAUGUGCUAAGGAAUCAAGGCUCUGAAUCCUUAGAAUUAACCUUAAAGGAAAUCCCAGAAACUCUCGAGUUGCUCUCUCAGUCAUGGCCUCAAGUUAAGGACUUGGAGGAAUCAUAUACAAGGCCAGUGCAGGAAGUUACAGGAUCUGAAGAGAUGACACCAGAGCCCAAGCAUCACACUACAGAAACUAUGGGGUUGACCCCCAAAGCAAGGCCAACAGAGAAGGAAUUCCUUGGCAUGACCCCAAAGCCAAUAAGUAAAACCACUGGAUAUACAGAGAGCGCUCCAAGGCUCUAUCCUCAAGCACUAGAAUUUGCGGAGGUGACCUCUGAGAAAAUACUGCAAAGGGAAGAAUCAGAAGCACUGACUACAAAGCCAUUACAUCAUGUCCCAGAAUCUUCAGAGAUGACACCAAGGCUAAGAUAUCCAGUUCCCGAAUCUGUGGGUUCAACCUCUAAGCAAUGGCUUCAAAGGGAGGAAUCUUUAGAUUUGUCCCCAAGGCAAACAGGUCAAGCUACAGGACAUGCAGAAUCUGUAGAGCUCACAUCUGAGACACGGCAGCAAGGGGAUGGACCAAUGGGGCUGACACAGUCACAGAAUCAAAGUAUGAAAUAUUCACAGAUAGCUCCAGGACUACAGGGUCAAAUUACAGAGUUUAUGAGGAUUAGUCCAAAGCCGCUAGAUCAAGUCAUGGGAUCUACAAAGACACAGCUUCAAGCUGCUCAACCAAUAGGAAUAACCUCAAUAGGCCCCCCAAAAGUUGUUGAAUAUGUGAAAGUGACUCCUGGGCACCACUUCAGGUUGUAAAGUCUGUAGCAUUAACACCAGGGGGAACCUCUCAAAUGGUAGACGAUGUUGAACUGACUCCAAAAGUACAAGAUGUGAGACC